CUUUUGGUCAACACCAGGCUCAGGUUUCCGAGCAGCUAAUGCAAUAACACAGCCCUCUCCCACCCACCUGCAGCGUGAAGUUCCCAUGAUCGACUACUAGCACUUUGAUGAAAUUAUGGUCUAUUAAACUACUCCACUGGCCCACUGCCUCCAGGUGACACAAUGUGGCGCGCCUGUAAUACGCUGGCAAGGCUGACUGAGAAUGAACAGGCGGCCCGGGAAAUCAGAGAGGCGGCGGGUCAACGCGGAGGAGCAAACGGGCAAAGCCGAGCGGCGAGAGUUGAAGGCUUCCUCGCAGAAGGUGUCCACGGAGCUUCUCAGGCACAGGAUUGUCAGAUUGGAGAAGAGGAUAGAGGAAUUGAAGGCUGAAUAUCAGAAACUCGAUCAGGAUGCAAAAGAACUCAUUCAAUCAUUUGAACCAGACUGUGAAAGCAUUGCAAAGGAAGCCGACGAAGAUGAGCUCUGGUCAUCACUCUUGGAAGACAGGCUCACACAUGUGGAAGUCAACAUAUUCUUCAGUUAUGUUGUUGACAUUCUUCAGUCUUUGCAUCUUCGUGUGUUGGAGAAACAGCCAGGUCUUGCAAGCUUUCUGCCCACGCUGUCUUCUAUCUUGAGGAGGAAAAUUUGGGAUAUGGACCUUGAGGCUACAUGGACAAGUGUGCUCCCAGAAUUUGGUCUGAAUGAAUCUGAUACAAAGGCUCUGUGUGCAUUCUUUGUGACCCACUGUAAAGAUGCUGAGUAUUACCCAUUAAUGGAAAGAAGAAGGCACAACCUAAACAUCAAAGAAGUUUUAGACAGAGCUGUGCCUAGCCGCAUUCUACAUCAUUGUCUGUUCCAUCUUGUGCAGUUAGCAGAGAAAGAAAGUAGUAUGAUGACAACUGAGCAACACCAAGUCAAUAAUGCAAGCACACGAAGGAGACCAAGACCCAAGUGAAGAGCAGGAUAUAGACAGAACGCAAACCUCCAGGUCUGGAGAUUAACCUCAUCCUUCCACAAUGUAACAUUCUUUGCUUUGAGUUAAUAAAAUCACGCCACUAAUUUUUUGCCAAAUAGGCACGCCAA